AUGGGGUUGUUGCUUGUAGUUUUACACACGUGUUUGCAUUUGUUACUCACUCAUUUUUCACCCUCCCAUUCCUUAUGCCAUCCCCAUGAUAGUUUUGCCUUGCUUCAAUUCAAGAACUCCUUCAAUGUCAAUACUACUUUUUAUGGUGAUCCUCUUUUUUUUGAGUCACCACCUCAGUGUCUUCCUUAUCCUAAGACCAAAACAUGGGAAAAUGAGACAGAUUGCUGCUCAUGGCUUGGAGUCACGUGCCAUCCCCAAUCGGGUCACGUGAUUGGGCUUGAUCUCAGCUGCGGUGGGCUUGUGGGUAGAAUGAAUCCAAACAGUACCCUUUUUCAUCUCUCUCAUCUGCAAUCACUGAGCCUGGCUCACAACGAUUUGCAUGGGUCCCAAUUCUCAUCAAAUUUUGGAGGCUUUGGGAGCCUUACUUACCUAAACUUGUCUAAUUCCAACGUUAAAGGUGAAAUUCCUUCUCAAAUCUCGCGCAUGUCUAAAUUAACCUCACUUGAUCUCUCUUUGAAUUAUCAAUUAAAAUGGAAACAAAGCACGUGGGAGAGGUUUCUUCAAAACACAACAGUUUUAAGAGAGCUUGUUUUGGAUCAAACGGACAUGUCUUUGAUUUCAAUUAGGUCACUCAAUUUGUCUUCCUCUUUGGUUACACUUGGUUUUGGAUUUUCUAGAUUAAGGGAAAACUUGACAAAUGACAUUCUUCUCUGUUUACCAAGUCUUCAAGAGCUAGAUUUAUCAGGAAAUUUUGACCUUCGUGGCCAAAUUCCGAACUUGAGUUGUAGUGCUGCUUCUGUGAAUGUCUUGGAUUUUUCUGCAUGUCAAUUUGAAGGGUCAAUCCCUUUUUCUUUCUCUAACUUCACACAUCUUACUUUCUUGGAUCUCUCAGAUAACAACCUCCGAGGUGGGUUGCCAUCAUCACUUUCAAACCUUCAACAUCUUAUUCACUUGGAUCUUUCAGGCAAUGAAUUUAGUAAUCAAAUCCCUGAUGUGUUUGGUGGACUCGCCAAAUUGGAAACUCUUGGUCUUAGUAAUAACAAAUUGCAAGGACAAAUCCCAUUUUCAUUGUUUGACUUAACUCAUCUUUCUCUUUUGGAUUGUUCUUAUAAUAAAUUAGAAGGUCCUCUGCCCAACAAAAUAACAAGAUUUUCUAAUCUAACUACAUUACACUUACAUCACAACUUACUAAACGGGACAAUUCCUUCUUGGUGUUUAUCUUUUCCAUCCAUGGUAGAUUUAGAUAUGUCAUACAAUCAGUUUACGGGGCACUUAAGUGCAAUCUCAUCUUAUUCUGUAGAGUUUCUAUUUUUGUGCAACAACAAGCUACAAGGAAAUAUUCCAAAAUCAAUUUUCAGCCUUGUAAAACUUGUUGGCUUGUGUUUAUCAUCAAACAAGUUGAGUGGUUCUGUCUACUUUCCACUUUUCUCAAAGCUUCAAAAUCUAGAAAGUCUUUCCCUUUCGUACAAUGAUCACAAACUUCAAAUCCAAUGUCCAUUAUACUUUCUCCCAUCUUUAUACAUUGGAGUUAUCUUCUUGCCUAAUUGGUUAUUAGAAAUGCAUACAUUGUAUUUUUUAAAUCUCUCUCACAACCUGUUGACAUCUUUAAUGGACCAAUUCUCCAACAACUACGACCUUUGGUUCCUUGAUCUUAGUUUCAACUUAUUGACCAGUGACAUCUCUUCCUCAAUUUGCAAUGCAAGUUCACUUCAGCUUCUUAACCUGUCCUACAACAACUUGACAGGCAUCAUUCCACAAUGCCUUACAAACUUGUCAUCCCUCUCUUUGUUGGAUUUACAAAUGAAUAAACUUCAUGGCACCUUGCCAAGUAACUUCUCAAAGGAGAUUGAAAUUCUGAAUCUCAAUGACAACCGAUUGGAAGGGUUUUUGCCUCAAUCUUUGUCCAAUUGCACGCAUUUACAGGUUUUAAAUCUUGGCAACAACCAAAUAGAGGAUACAUUUCCCUAUUGGCUUCAAAGUCUACCAUAUUUGAAAGUACUUAUUUUGCGAGCCAACAAGCUGCAUGGUCCUAUUGUCAGCUUAAAGACCAAGCAUCAAUUUCCCAGUUUAACUAUUUUUGAUAUCUCUUCCAAUAAUUUUAGCAGCUCAAUACCAAAAGCCUAUAUAAAAAAUUUUAAAGCCAUGAAGAAUCAAAAGGAAGAGAAUAACGAUAUGCAAUACAUGGGUAUAUAUUUAGUCGGUGGAAGAUAUAUUGUUUCUAUAGAUUUAACAAUAAAAGCAAACAGUCUGAAAUUCGUGAAAAUUCCGAAGAAUUUUGUAAACAUUGAUUUAUCACAAAAAAAAUUCGAAGGAAUGAUUCCAGAUGUUAUUGGAGAGCUUCAUGCACUCAAAGGGCUCAACCUUUCUCAUAAUAGACUCAGUGGUUCUAUUCCCCAGUCCCUUGGAAAUUUGACAAACUUGGAAUCAUUGGAUCUUUCCUCCAAUAUGCUCACUGACAGAAUUCCAACAGAAUUAAUCAAUUUGAACUUUCUUGAGGUCCUGAAUCUCUCUCAAAACCAUCUUGUUGGAGAAAUACCUCAAGGAAAGCAGUUCAAUACUUUUUUAAAUGAUUCCUAUGAAGGAAAUUUGGGAUUAUGUGGACUUCCAUUGUCAAUAACAUGUAGCAACAACCAUGAACAACAUUCUUCACCUUUAUCAAUCUUGCAACAUCAACAAAAAUUUGGAUUUGGUUGGAAACCAGUGGCUAUAGGAUAUGGAUGUGGAAUGGUCUUUGGGAUGGGCGUAGGAUGUUGUGUGCUAUUAAUAGGAAAGCCUGAAUGGCUUGUGAGGAUGGUUGGGGGUCGGCCUAAUAAAAGGGUGAAAAGGAUGACAAGGAUGAAUUAG